AGGCCCGCCUUCUUCCCUUCCUUCCUUCCUUCCUUCUUUCCGCGGAGGGCGAUGAUCGGGAUGAUGACUCUCUCAGCCUCAGCGCCUCUGGGCCCAGGGCCGCCCAGGAAGGAAGGCAGGGAGGCGGAGCGGACCUUCCUCCGCAGCGAAAGCGAAAGCCCCGGGCGCAGCGCCGCUUCUCCCUCGGCCUUCAGGAGAGAGGCCGGCUCGCCUCCGCUGAGCAUCCGCCGGGCCCCUGCAGGCCCUUCCGUGGCCCUCGCCUCGCCGGGCGAGAGAGAUGCCGGGAGCCGUGCGACUGGCGGGCCCCUGCCUCCGCCUGGAGCCCUCGGCCCUGGCCCUCCUGAGGGGCCUCCCGGGGCCCCUGCGGGUGGUGGGCCUCUUCGGGCCCCAGGGCGCCCAGGCCGGCCUCCUCAGGGCCCUCCUGGCCGGCGCUCAGCCCCAGGGCCCCGGGGGACCCUCUGGACCCUCGCUGCCGCCGCCGCCGGGGCUCUGGCUCCAGGGGCUGCCCCACCCGACCAGGAGGGAAGAGGGGACCCUGGUGCUCCUCCACGCGGAGGUGAGCGGGCGUCUCCAGGCCCUGCUCCCGGCUGCUUUGGGGCUGGAGGACGCUGGCAGCCGUGGGGCCCGGGUUGUCCUGGUGCUCCAUGAGCGGUGGCUUCAGCCUGCCUGCUGCCAACAGCCCUGCCAGGCUGCCUGGGCCCAGAGAGGACGCAGCGGCCGCUCCGGAGCCCCUCGCUUCCACCCAGGCAGGGCCCCUCUUGCCGCCUGGCCCUGGCUUCCCCGGGGGCUCAUGCCAGAAGCCUUCUUGCGGCCCUUGGCCUCUGAGUCUGACCGUUGGGUGCCCUUGCAGGGCGAGGAGGGCUCCUGCUCCUCUUCCUCCUCCUCCUCCUCCAGGCUCUUCUGCCUCAGCGUCCUGCUCUGCACCGUCUUUGUCUACAACUCCAGAGGAGGGGAGCAGCCCCAGCGGGAGCUGGACCGUCUGGCCUGCGUGAGGGACCUGGUCCACCGCGUCCGCGUCCUGGAGGAUUGCCCCCAGGAGAACAGCUUCUUGCUGAGCAGCGUCCUGCCAGAUUUUGUGUGGUGCCUCCAUGACGUGGCUCCGGACACCGUUUGGGAGGAGAUGCUCCGGGCCACCGACCACGACAUGGAGACCCUCCUGGCUUCCUCUGCCGCCUCGGAGGAAGACUCGCCCAGCCGCUGCAUCCAGAGGCUCUUCCCUUCCCAGAAGGCCUUCUGCUUCCGCUCUCCAGCUGUGGACGAGGGCGAGAGCGAGUUCUUGCCAAGGGACCAGCUGCACCCUGUUUUCCAAAAGCAGCUGGAGGUUUUUAGAGACUACAUCCUGAGCAGAGAGCCAAAGAGGGACCUCAGCGGAGAAGUUUUGUCUGAUAGGCUGGAACAGUUUGUGGCAGCCUUGUCUCAUGAUCAGCCCAUCCUUCUGAGUGAGAUCUACUGGUGCUCCCAAGCGGCCAGCAGUGGCCAGUGUCCACACAUUCCUCAAUCUCCGCCGGCUUCCCCUUCAACAUCUCAGGCAAGCAUCAUGGAGGCCCCAAUAUGCCUGAUCGAGAACAACCCGAGAGAGCAGCUUCAGAUCAACCCAGAGGCUCUGGGGAUCCUGCAGAGCAUCCACCAGCCAGUGGUAGUGGUGGCCAUUGUGGGUCUCUACCGGACGGGCAAGUCCUACCUCAUGAACCGGCUGGCGGGGAAGGACACCGGAGGUUUUGCACUGGGGGCCACGGUGCAGGCCAGCACCAAGGGCAUCUGGAUGUGGUGCUGCCCGCACCCCCUCAGGCCGGACCAUACCCUGGUGCUGCUGGACACAGAGGGGCUGGGAGAUGUGGAGAAGAGCAACACUGAGAACGACACCUGGAUCUUUGCCCUCUCCAUUCUCCUCAGCAGCACCUUCGUCUACAACAGCAUGAGCACCAUCAACCACCAUGCACUGGAGCAGAUACACUACGUGACAGAAUUGACGGAGCAUAUCAAGAUGAGGGCCUCAGGCAGAGAGACCUGUGAAAGGUGGGAUGGCUGGGGGUCCAACGACCUGGCCAGUGUCUUUCCGGCAUUCAUUUGGGUCGUGCGUGACUUCACUCUGCAGCUGAAGCUGGAGGAUGGGCGAUCAAUCACGGAGGACGAGUACCUGGAGAAAGCGUUGGAGAGGAGGGCAGGCACCUCUGAGAAGUGGGACCUCCCCAAGCGGUGCAUCCGGGAGUUCUUUCCCAGCCGCAAGUGCUUCGUCUUUGACCGCCCGGCCUCAAGGCAGGAUCUGCAGCACUUGGAGGACCUGCCGGAGUCCAAGCUGAGCCUGGAGUUUCUGCAACAGGCGCGCAACUUCUGCCGCUACAUUCAUGAGAGCGCUGGAGCCAAAGUCCUCCAGGGAGGGCACGUUGUCACUGGGACACUGCUGGGGACCCUCGUGGAGACCUAUGUGGGAGCCAUCCGGAACAAGGAGGUCCCGUGCAUCGAGAACGCCGUCCUGGCCCUGGCCAAGUUGGAGAACUCAACUGCCAUAUGCAAGGCAGUGCAGCGCUACGAGGAGAUGCUGGAGCUGAUGCGGACGGUGCUGCCCACAGAGGACAUGGCAGAGGUGCUGGCGGUCCAUGCCCGCUGUGAGGAGGAGGCCAUUCGGGUCUUCAUGGGCCAGGCCUUCAGGGACAAGGACCAGAAGUUCCAGAGGCAGCUGGCGGACCAGCUGCAGUUGAAGUUGAAGGAGCUCUGCCAGUGGAAUGAGGAGGCCUCGCUUGACCGCUGCCAGGCCAUCCUGAUGGAGCUCUACCAGGAGAUGGAGGAGAAGAUCAGCCAUGGUGACUACUUGGUGCCUGGUGGCUACCAGCAGUUCCUGAAUGACCAGCAGCAUGUCAUGGAGAGCUACCACCUGGUGCCAGACAAGGGGCUCAUGGCGUCCAAGGCCCUGCAGGACUUCCUGGCAUCCCAGGAGACAACAGCGCAGUCCAUCCUGCAGGCGGAUCAGGCCCUCAAGGAGAAAGAGAAGGAGCUGGAAGUGGAGAAGGCCCAGGCAGAGGCUUCUCGCAGGGAAGCUGAGCUGCAGCGAGAAAUGCAAGCGCGGAUGGAGCAGAUGGCCAGGGAGAAGGAGCGCAGCUUCCAGGAGCACAAACAGCAGCUGAUUGCCAAAAUGGAGGCGGACCAAAGGGCCCUGCUGGCCGGGCAGGAGCGGCUUCUGAACCAGAAGCUCCAGGAGCAGCGCCGGCUCCAGGAGGAGGACUUCCAGCAGGAGGUCUCCCGGAUGCAGAAGGAGGUCCAUGGCCUGAAGGCCCAGAUCCGGGAGCAGGGGAGGUCUAGGUGCACCAUCGCUUGAGGACGGACUCAGAUGGGAAUCUCCUCCUGGACCCUGCGCCCAGAUGGAGGGCAACUGGACUGGUCAAGGUGGGCGGCUUUGGGCCCAGGAUCCCUUCGGCUGCCACAGAUUCCUCAAAUUGCACCGCCUACUGCCUUAAGACAUUACUUUUAAGCAAACCAGUGUAUUACAGGCGUUUAUAAUGUAUCAGACUCUUGUUUACAGCACUUAAAAAGGACUGUUUUAACUUGUAA